CUCCUCCUCCUCCUCCAACUUCUUUUAAUCCCUUAAAACAUCUAAAAUGUUUGGCGAUCUAGCAACUAAACUCAUUCUUGAUGCUAAACGUACUCAACAUCUUAAUCAUUUACCUCAUUAUCAAACAGACUUGAUUCAAUCUAUUUUUAAAGAAACAGAUGCUCUAAAUGAAGCAUCUAAAGAAUUAUUAAUAAAUCAUGGUGGAUCAGAAUUUUCUCAUGCUAAAAAUCCAGGAAUUGCAGCUCAUUUAUUGAUUCAGCAUCUUUGUCAACAUCGUAAUAAACGUUGUUUAAUGGCUUAUCAUCAUACAAGACUUGAUCGUUUAAAUCAUAUAUCUUGGUUUGAAAUAAACCCUUUUAAUAUAUCAUGGACAAGUACAUCAUUAAGUCCAGAUGAAUAUAUAUAUUUAAGGAAAUAUAAUGGUUUAUUAACCUAUUUUAAAAGUCAAUGGAUGGGAAUUGAUUUCAAUGGUGAUUUAGAACCACCUAAAGAUCUUUAUAUUAAUAUACGUGUACUUCAAGAUGUUGGAGAAAUUCAAACAGAAUAUGGUGCAAUUACAUUGAAUAAAAAUAGUCAAUUUUUUCUAAGACAAUCAGAUGUAGAAGGGUUAAUUCGUCAAGGAUAUCUACAAAAAGUCUAAAAAUAUAGUAUUUUUAAAAGAUAUAUAUUAAGAAAUGUUUA